GGUUGGGGAAAUCCUGUGCCGUGCAAGGCCUCCUUUAUGUGAGAAGUUCGGUCUGACCGUCCACCAUCUCUGUUAGAACAUCUGGAAAACGCUUCUGAGCACAUUGUUUGUCUCAGGCACUGGGUCUCCUGCAAUAAUUCCUUCUCAGCCUGCCUUCUUCAUGCUUCAUCAAUGAUUCCUUCCUCUUCGAAGAAGAGGAGAGAGACAGAGAGGAAUAAGUUGAAUAGAGGAGGGGGAAGCUCUGAUUAGGGCCGUGGUGUAGGGAGGCCAUUGAAGAGUUGGUAUGGGUGCGAUUCAGCAUGUCAGGAGCGUACGUAGAGAACUGAUGGGAAGAGAGAAAGGUUGAACAGUAAGAAAAUGAAAUUAAUCUUGGCAGUCAUGGCAUUAAGCACUAGGGAUUAGGAAGUAUCCUGGGAAUGCCAAAGCAUAAAGGUCAAGGUGUUUUGUAGACAUUUCCAGUUUUGUCUGAGGCUGUAGAAUUAGAUGAAAUAAACAAAUGAAAAUAUCUUUUUUAUGCAGGCACAAAUGUCUCACUCUUGUGAUGAUUUUGUUGAAUGUGCUACUGAUAAGGAUGUGGGUAGCUGUGAAGGAAAUAUUUUUCUUGGGGUAUGUGAUAAGCAGUUGAUGAAACUAGGCCAGUGAGAGCGUGUGUGUCUAGAGAUUGUACUGGUAGGGCAGGGGUUAGGCCUCAUGGCCUCUCCUCUCAGCCCUGCCCUAUUGUGCAGGGCCCUGUUGAAUAUGCUGCUUAACCUCUCUGCUCUGCCACUCGCUUUGGAAACUGGGAUUGCCACCCACUUUCGCUGAGCGUGCAGGGAGUGAAAUGAUUUAAGUGAUAGUCUCUUGCUCUGAGAUGCCAAGAUAACCCGGAGCACACACACACGGAGGAGAAGGAUCUGGUUUUCUCAUGGCCACCAUCGUGUGUUUGCAGAGAGAUAGAGAAGAAUACCAGAUAAGACAGCCCCAGACUUCCCUCAUGACAGCUCAUUUGGUAUUACUGUGACACUCCAGAGUGCCCCCAUGACUGACAGUGUCAGUUGUGCUCUCAGGGGCUGUGGAUUAGGAGUUGGGGUGCAGAUUAGCCCUGUGCUUCUGCUGCAGAGCUCCACUCACCAACAAAAAGGCCAAGAGCCACGUGUAUUCCUGAGCGCAGAUUGCCUUUACAAAUUUGGGUCUGGACAGAUUCUUCAGCCACUAGAGGCCACCAGGCAGGGCUCCUAGGGCUGGAAUUCUCAGCUGUCUGCUCUCUCUGCCUUGCCUUGAAGCAUGGGUGAUGCAUCCAUAUUGGGUGACCAUCACAGUGUUGAUCCCUGAGCCUACCUAGAAUGUCUUAAUUCACAAGUCCUAGGGAAGCAUGGAAGUUCUGUGCAUAGUCAUGUCUACAAAGGCAUCUUUGUAGAGAUUAACUUUUUUUUUUAAACAUAAGGCUAUUCUAUAAGGUUUGACUGCUUCACAAAUAUUUACUCGAGAGUCUCCCUGCUCUUUAGCCUCUGUCUGCAACUCUUCUUUCUUCCCAAAUAUAAUAGGAUAAGCAGAAUGCUAACUGCUGGUACUGGUUUAAACAGCACACUUUGAAUAGAUCCAAGGACAACCUGGGCAUUCUAGUCUCAAGUGAGAGAAGAGUAGUGUCUUAGGGAAAUGCCUAUGCAGAUGCUUUGCUUUUUAUUCUCCUAUUUUUGGAGAACUCUCUCCAAAAUCAGUUAUUUCCUGCUGGGCGUGGAGGUGCCCACUGGAUACCUGAGGCUACCAUGUGUAGCCUCCUCUGCCCUUGCCUGGUGUCGGGACCUUGCUGGUACCUCCCUGACUGGGCCUGGAGUGUGUGUAAGGGCCCUGCUGUGAUGGUGGGAGUUGUUUUCACAUAGGACUGCAGGAUUCUUUCUCCAGCCUUCUCUUCCCCCGGCUUCACUGCACUGCCCCAUCCUCCCCCAGCAGAAAUGGAAAGAGUGGUUCCUGGUGACCACCUAGCCAAGCAGCCACCACUGAGGUCACAUUUUAGGGAAAUGUGAGGGGCCUGUUCCUCUGUUUAGAUGCAGCAUUUCUGCUCUUUGUAACUUACCCUUGGAAUUGCCAGUGAAUCACGGCCUGGGAAGUUCUUGUGAUUUAGAGUCCUGCACUUCCAGGAAGAGUUUUCUCUUGACGCCUUCUUUGACCCUUAGUCCCUGUUGAAGUUUUCAUGGCUUGGAAGUCCAGUCAGAAUUUGGGGGGUUAACACAAAAGAACACAAAAAUAUUGUUUCUAAGGUAUAAACUGGUAUAAACAUCAUAUCUCUAUGAAUUAGUCACAUGAUUAAUGUAGGCCAAAGAAAACAGGAAACAUAUAGAUAUGUUUGUAAAUUGAUGUUGUUUUGGUAUCUCUUUUGACCUCCUUCCCACAUUAGUAUUUGGCACUUGAUUUUAAUUUAGGUCAGUAAUAAUGCUCAUUACUGCUUGAGAACUCUGUGUGCAUCAAGCAAUAUGUUAUUUGCUUCACGUGGUUCUCUUUAAAUCUUACUAGCAAUUCUGUGACGUUGAUGAUGUGAUUCUCAUCUUACAGAAGUGCAAAAUUGCUCAGCGGUGUUAAAUAACUUGCACGUCUGCAAAACCGGAAAGUGGUCUACAUAGACUCUGAGCCAGGCCUUGAAGAGUGUGUCCAUUACCUUCCACGUUUUUUGCCAGGUGCCUGGUAGAUUCAAGGUGGAGUGUUAUUGCUACAGAGUAUAGAAAUAAAAUCAAGAAGCUUACCAUGUUGGGAGAGUAAGAUAAACAACCAAAGAUAAUACAAGGACAGCUGUGAUAGAUACCAAAAAAGUGUUAUCAAGAAAGGUCAACUGAGGUGCAGUAGGGGCUAAGGGAAGAGGUUGAGAUCAUACACACCUAACUGGGGUCACCCAGGAAAAGUCUUCUUAGAGGUGGUGCACUUGAGGUGGGCCUCAUAGGACUGGCAGAAUCUUGUGGGGUGGAUAAGGAAAGAUUUGUGGGUGGCAGUGACUGCCAGAUGCCCAGGUAAAUAAACAGGCUCAUAAAGAAACUAUUAGAUUAUAUAUAUGCAUGUAUGUGUAUGUGUACAUGUGUGUAUAGUGUGUGCCUGGAUACACUCACAGUUAUAUUCAUUAUGAAAACCUUCUAUACUCUUCCAAAGCAAAAGGCUAAUGACUUUAAGUAGCAACGUUGUCCAAACUGUGUUCUCUAGUUCUCCUGAGAACAGAAACACCUCUGAGCAAUACUUAAUAGACGUUCAUGUUUAUACAGGUAGGAAUGAGGUGUUUUUAAAAUUUUCUUUUCUUCAGGCAUCUGUGAAUGAGGCCUCUCCCUCUUUUUGUUUUUUAAGUAUCUGUUUCUAUUUUCUAGCAUGUUGAAACAUUAGACUUCCUGUUUCUGCUUGAUUUUGAAUAUACUCCUGUUUGCUUGUCACAGGUAAUCUUGAGUUUCUGUGUAGCUGUAGUUUACAGGGAGCAAGUGCAGGCAGCAACGAGUCCAUCCCUGUUGUGAAUGUGGAGACCUCUCUGGACUUACAAUUAAAGGCUACAUAAUGCAUUCCACUACAAGUGACGAAACCCAGCUCCCAGAAUAACAAGCAAGACAACUUUUCAAAGUGACUGUUGUUGACCAGUGCCUUCUGUGCAUUUAUGUGUUAAGCUUAAGGUAGAUUUUUCAAAAGGAUAGUAGAAAUUAUUUUGAAUUCUUCUUGAGAAGGACUGAGUCUCCCCGAAGGUGAUGCAGGCGCCGUAGUGCACACGUCAACAGGGUGUUUGCGUGCGUUCCUCAAGUCUGUAUGACUCUACCAAGAUACUGUGAAGUUGUCCUUCUAAUUGUAUACAGGGAGAAUAUGCUGAAACUAGUGGCCACAGAUGUCUUUAAUUCUAAAAACCUGGCCGUUCAGGCACAGAAGAAGAUCUUGGGUAAAAUGGUGUCCAAAUCCAUUGCCACCACCUUAAUAGACGACACGAGCAGUGAGGUGCUGGAUGAGCUCUACAGAGUGACCAGGGAGUACACCCAAAACAAGAAGGAGGCAGAGAAGAUCAUCAAGAACCUCAUCAAGACAGUCAUCAAGCUGGCCAUUCUUUACCGGAAUAAUCAAUUUAAUCAAGAUGAGCUAGCAUUGAUGGAGAAGUUUAAGAAGAAAGUUCAUCAACUUGCUAUGACCGUGGUCAGUUUCCAUCAGGUGGAUUAUACCUUUGACCGGAAUGUGUUAUCCAAGCUGUUAAAUGAAUGCAGAGAGAUGCUACACCAAAUCAUUCAGCGUCACCUCACCGCCAAGUCACAUGGACGGGUUAAUAAUGUCUUUGAUCAUUUUUCAGAUUGUGAAUUUUUGGCUGCCUUGUAUAAUCCUUUUGGGAAUUUUAAACCCCACUUACAAAAACUAUGUGAUGGUAUCAACAAAAUGUUGGAUGAAGAGAACAUAUGAGCACGUGAGUUAAGAUUGUGACUGAUCAUGAUUUAUUUGAAGAUGGAGCACUGCUGAUUUAUGAAGGAAAAAAGAAUUUUCUAAACAUUACAUGUAUUUCAGAAAGACUUUGCCCAAUUCAGUUGUCAGACAUAAUGAUUUAUUUGAAGGCUUGUUUUAUUUGAAGAAAAGCAUAUUUCGAAAAACUCUGGUUACAAGCUUCCUAACGGGUAACAGACCAUGGGAGAGAUGUGUGGUUGGGUAAUGCAUAUGUAGUUAUACAAAGAAAAAUAGAUAUGGCUCCAGACCCGAACACUCUUUUAUAGGGCAAUUGUUGUGUUGAUGGCACAUUGGAUAUUUCUAACAUGUACAAAGUUAUGUAUUUUGAUUUACUUUCAUUUCUUGCUAUGUAUAUGUACUUUUCUUAAAAUGCCAGGAACUUUCUCUUGCUAUCAUUGCUCCUUUUAAAACAAUCCAAUUUUCAUGUCUACGGCUGCUUGUUUUGUUAAAAAGAAAAUGGCUUAUCUGAAAUCAGUACUGUGGAAAUGAACUCUAUUCGCUAUUAUGAAUAAUGUCCAGUAUAAGAAUGCGCUUCUGGAAUUGAGUUCUACUUUUAAGUACCAAUGAUACUUCAGCUUUUCAAAAAUGUAAUGGUGUGUCAUUGCCUUGAAAUGCUUGCCUAGGGCUUGUUUUAUGUUAUCUUAAAAUGUGCUAGUGAAUUCUCCAUUUUUUACAUCCAUUUCACAUGGAAGAGACAAAAAAUCUAGAUUGGUCUUGAUAUUGGGAUAAUAAAAAUUAAGUAGCAUUAAGAAAGGUAAAACAACCGUCUUACAGAUGAACUCAUUAAAACAAUGUAGGGGAAUGAGGGGCAAAGGGGAGAAAAGACAUAGCUAAAGAACAUGAGCAUAAAAAUGAGUGCAUUUCAGUGUUUAAGAAGGUUUGAUAAAUAAAGAAUGUCACUUUUUUAUUUAACUGAUAAGGUUUUCUGUUAUUUUUUACUUUGAUGAGUAAACCAAAAAAUAUUUGCAUUUCAAGCAGUUUGUAUGUUUCUAUAUAAUUUUCUGUGUAUAAAUAAUAAAGUAGGCAUUUGCUUAUUUUGUAAAAAAGAAAUGAAAAUCUGCUGGCCAGCUAUGUCCUCUAGGAAAUGACAGACCCAGCCACCAGCAAUAAAUAUUUGCAUUGUCA